AUGAUUUAAGAAGACUUUUUCAAAAAAAAUGAACUUCCAGAAUAGGCCUCUUUCCACAUUGGGAAGGACUGAUAACCUCUUUAUCUCACUGCUUUUUUGCGAUUUCUGAUUCCUAUGAUAUGAUAUUAUGUUUCCAAUUUAAUUUGACUAAGGUGACUUGCAAUACCUUUAUAAAAAAUCUUAAUAUAGUAAAAAAGUCACAUUUGACCUUUGCCUGUAUCAGGAUGGAACCUGCAUCCUGAGCAAGUAAACCCAUACAUUGAAAAGCAAAACCACCACAGCAAUGAUAAAAUCCCAGUAAACCGUAACAAAGAGAUACAUUUCUUAAUAAGUAGGUACAUUGAAUAAGGAUAAUUAUUACGACAUUAAUAGUUAAUUACAGAGUUAGUAAGCCGUGGUUUGUCUAACGAAGCAGACGAGUGAGCGCAAAAAAAGAAGAUCACAGAAUUGAGAACUUCCUCCAUUUUGAAGUUAAACAAAUGAAGAAGUAUUCGAAAGACGAGUCCGACAAAAAGCCUGCAUCAUGGUACUUAGAGUUAGAAGAAAGCCGAGUGCAAAGCCAUGAGUUUAAGGAGCCCGGGAAUGAAUAUCAGAACAAAUCAAAGAGUUUAGAACACCAGCCCGUGAUUAGUACCAAUAUCCGGAUAAACUCGAUGAAUAACACCAUGGAGUGGCUUGAAGGGACCCUGUUGAGAAGGCGGAGUGAAACACGCUAUUACAAGUACAACACGAGCCUGUUAGAAGCUAUAACUGACGGUGAUACUGCGUACAUGAACAGGAUGUUGGCAAUGGGCGCCAAUGCGAACGCAACCUGCCGUCUUAACCAGGUGUCUGCUUGCCACAUAGCGGCAACAAUCAACAACGACUCUUUGAGCUUACUCAUCAAUGCCGGAGCAAUCAGCUUGAGAUCAGACAAGUUUGGACGAACGCCACUUCAUCUGGCGGCCUGGGCAGGUCAUGUUAAACAUAUAGCGAAUUUACUGGACUUUCCAGUCGCUUUACAAGAAAAGAUAUUAAAAAAGAUGACACCGGAAGUCUUGCAAGAAAUACGCGUAAGUAGGCUAACAGUGCCUGAAAUGAUAAACCGUCCGUGUGAGCUGAACUCUCUGUCUACGAUACCGGAUGCCUGGAGUGACGGUAUGGAACACAACUGCAGAAGUGUCAAGGAAUCUUUGCCGCUUUUCCAACCUGGUUGGACGGCAUUGCAUGCGGCGUGUGCUCGCGCUCAGUACCAAUGCGUGCAAUUGUUGCUGGCUGCCGGCGCCGAUCCAAUGAAAACUGAUGUUCUUAGUCGAACUCCGAUUGAUGUGGUCGGCUAUGACCAUUAUCUUUUGAAACAUAAAAUAGACCCAGAAGAUUUGAAGAAAACAGUAAGAAUUCUCAGAGAUGCUGGUGGCAAGUUUCAGCACUACACAGCUAGUAGAGUGAAUUCUCCAUUACAUACAGCGGUGGAUCUUAACAGUUAUGAAGCAGUCGAAGAAAUACUGGAUUCUGGUGCAAAUCCAACUGUGUGGAAUGCUAAUGGUCUUACUGCUAUGCACGAAUGUGUAAAGAAUCGGAAUAAAGAUAUUUUGCAGUUAAUAGCCAAUUAUGAGUUCGGUAACGAGGAUCCACUUAUAGCAGUAGUAGAUGCGAAAGACCGAUGGGGUUACACUGUACUUAGUGCAGCAAUAAAAGGAGGAUGGACUCAAGGAGUUUGCAUAGCUUUAGGGGCAGGAGCAAGCGUUACCAUGAAGGCUAACAACGGAGAAACACCUUUACAUUUAGCAGCAUCAUAUGGAAACUUAGAUAUUCUUCAAGAAGUGUUAAUAGUAUCAAAAUUUAAUUCGUCUCUUGAUUUUCUCAAUGACAAAGGUGAAACGGCACUUUUUGCAGCAAUAAGACAUGAUCAAAUAGACGUAGUCAAAAUGUUACUCAGUGCUGGAGCAAGAAUAGAAGAAGAGACUGCUAGGAAAGUCAACAUAUUUCAUGUCGCUGCUCAACACGGCAAUUACGAAAUACUAGAACAUUUACUUGAAUAUGAUAACCACGUCACUAGUAAAAUGAUUAAUGAACCUGACGUCACUUCUUACACCCCGCUUGUCCAUGCUGUAUGGAAUAAUCAUCCAAAAUGUGUCGAACUACUUAUUUCAAAAGGCGCUGAAGUACAAGUUGAAGUGCAUAUCAGCGAAACGAAUAUAACGAGUCCAUUACAUAUAGCAGCAAGUAAAAACCAUUUUGAAAUAAGCGAAAUAAUAAUAAAUAAUGAUAUCCGUACCAUUCAUAAUGUUAACACUUUAGGAUCAAUGCCAUUACAUGAAGCUUGCUGUCAUGGCAAUAGAAAUAUCGUAUCACUACUGCUUCAAAGAGGAGCAGACCUGUCAGGGCACACCGGCAAAAGUAAACUGCCGCCAAUAAACGCGCUAAUGAACAAUAUAUCGAAGCCAACGGAAUUCAUAAAAGAGAUAUUCGAUACUUGUAUUUCAAGCAACGGUCGGAACAUUCAAGAAUCGAAUUGCGAGGUGACUGUCGACUACAGAAUCCUUGUGCCUGAUGAGUCUGACUGGAAGCAAAUGAGAGUUAUUAAAGGCAUUCUCAACACAGGAAACAGACAUGAUCAAAACACGCUUCUUCUUCACCCUCUUGUACAAAGUUUUCUCUAUUUAAAAUGGAAAUCUUUACUACCGUACUUCUACACCAUACUGGUAAUGCACGCGUGCUUUGUCUUGGCCCUCAACGUAUAUGCUGUUUGCAUUUUCUUUUACAAAGAUAAAAAAAGGAUGGUACCUUGGUAUUUCAAUUCAAGUAUAUGGAGGUACAUAUUAUAUGUGGCCAUAUUCUUCAUCGCAGUUCAGGAGAUUAUAUUUAUAAAGAUUAAGAAUGGAAGGUAUUUUUUAUAUUUGGAAACAUGGUUGAAGUUCGGAGCUGUGGUUCUGGCAGUGGUGUUGCCUCUGGUUGUGCACUCGGAGCCAAUGAACGGGGAAGACUGGCCACGGCUCAUAGCAACAGUGGCCCUCCUCCUGUCCUGGUUUGAAAUGAUGUUCCUGCUGUCAAGAUUCCCAGAUUGGGGAUUUUAUGUCUUGAUGUUUGGAAAGGUCGCAAACAAAGUGUUUAAGAUUCUACUUUCAUUCGGAUUUCUUCUAUUUGGUUUCGCCAUUUGCUUCAUGAUACAAUUCCGGUCAAAAUUUCCCUUUGAAGGCCCCUGGGCAUCUUUUGUUAAAACCAUGGCAAUGAUGACGUCGGAGUACGAUUACCAAACAACCAUCAACAAACAGGAUGCUGAAAAGGUAUCAGCAUCCCUGAUAAUACUUCGCAUAAUAUUUUUGAUGUUCCUAAUUUUAGUUUCAAUUGUGUUAAUGAAUCUCAUAGCUGGAGUAGCUGUAAAUAAUGUAAGCCAUUUAGAAAUGAUAGGCAACAUCAAAAGAUUGGAAAAACAAGUGGAGUUCAUAACUUCUCUUGAGGAUAUAGUUUGUCACAAGGUCAUAAGGAAAGUUCUAGCAAAAAGUUUUCAUAAGAAAUUGUCAAAGAAUCACAAGAUGAAGAAUGUUAUAGUACUAAGGCCAAGAGAGUCUACUUGCAGUUACUGUAAGGUACUGCCACCACGCAUAAGAGAAGCCAUAUUUGAAACAGCACAGAUACAACAAAUGCAAAUGGAUGAGGAAUUAGGAUCCAUGGCUUUUAAAAUGAAACUCGAUCAAAUACAUAACGUGAUUGUUGGGACAGAAGAAACCGAAUCGAGACGAGUAGACUUGCAAGAAAGUGCUGUGACCAAAAUUAACGAAGAUAUUGAUAAAAUUCGAUCGGAAGUAGCGUUUAUAAGAAACUUUUUAGUCACUACCCGGCGUCGUACAAUCAGUAGUAAUAAAUCUAGUUUUUUAUGAACCGAACACUAAGUUCUCUUAAGUAAUUUUUUUUUCGAAAGUUAAGUAUUUCUGGCUAUAGUCUAUUUCAAUAGCUUGGCAUCGUGUUUCCUAAAGAUACAGUUUGCUUCAAUUUAAGAAUUUACCUGAAUACCGUAUUUUAAUUAGAAUGAUAAUAUUUAUCAAUAACCUAAUUUAGUUGUAGCUCUGUUUAUGGAUUAUUUAAGUACACUCAUACGUAUGUACCAGAGAGAAAAUGCGACUUACAUCCGAAAUUGGUUUGGUUCAGCUUAUUAUUUUGACUUGAAUUUGGUUUAGUUUUUGAAACGCUAUCGAAUCAAACCAAAUUCGAACAGCGAUCCAGGGUUAUCAGGCUCGUUAGACGUCAAUCAAGCGUUGUUCCAAGUCAUACCACUGCAUUAAUUGGUGCUAGUGUCGCGUUGACGGAAGUUCUCGAUUAUGCGUAAGAUAAAGACGGCGAUAUUUCGUAGCUCUUUUUAGAUGUACCUCGCUCAUUGCCUAAAUAUAAUUCUAAAGAAUGAAUUUAUGUACUGUUUUAGUUCCGAUCUCAGAUUAACUUUUAGGAGCGAGAUUUUUAUAAGUAGGUAUAUUUUGUAGUUUAAAAAUACGUACGAUAGUAUUAGGAAUAAUUGAUGAAGAUCAUGAAGAUUGUAUUGUAGAAUAGUUAUACAUUUUGUUAGUUUUAUUUUAUGAUUGC